CCCAUGUAUACCUAUCCAUAAUGACACUUGAAGUGUUGCGAGUCUCAUUGCGACGUCCCGCGGUCGAUCACGUCUGAGCAUACAGUUGAUGUUUCAUAACAAGAUGAAACUUGCCAUAUCAUACUAUCUAUUCAAUUUACUGCCAAGCCCGUACCCUUCACUGCACACUUAUUGAGCCUUCCUCCGUCUUCCGGCCGGUCCAUUGUUCCGUAAAGGUGCCCGUUCUCCUCUCUUCAACUUCCUUUCGUUCUCAUCGCGUGGAAUCGCAAUCACAACCACCAUGAUUCGGUCAUUCACAGCCCGCGUAAUCACGGUCGUCAUCGUCGCCAUAUUCGUCAUCGCCAUCUUCAACAACGAGCAAACCGCUCUCCUCCCAUACCUUCCUCUUUCACAGAGCUAUAGCCCGUCCAAGCCCGUCUCUUACCCACCAUCAUGGCUGAAAGACCGCAUGGCUCUCUCCGAGAAGUCGUGGGAGAAGAGUGUGGAGCAGCGCGAGAAGAUGGCUGCGUCACACCCAAGCAACCCGAAGGUCCCGUUCUUCCCAACAGACUUUCUGAAGUACCCAUUCACUAUCUGGGACUUCUUCCCUGCGACGUGGACGUGCCCGCAUGAUUUCCAGCGCGUGGGGAGAAUGGGCGAUGGUGGCAAAUGGGUGUGCGGAAUGAACCUAUACGAGAACCUGUCCGUACCAAAGAUUCCCGCUCAAGCAGCUGUCGAGAGCCGCGAACCGGAAGCCGCACUGAGUACACAACAAGAGCAAGGCGGCUUGGUCGUAUACUCUUUCGGCAUCAACGGCGAAUCAUCGUUCGAAGCCGAGAUGCUGGACCGCGUACCCAGUGCACGCUUCUGGGGCUACGACUUCUCCGUCGAAGGCUGGGGCCCGCAAAUUCCUGAGGCGCAUCGCCAUCGCACGUUCUUCAAGAAGGCGGGUAUCGGCGCAGAAGACAAAGAGGCUACAGAGAAGCUGCCGCCAUUUUACACCAUCGAUACGCUCAUGAAGCAGAACAAGCACACAUACAUCGACAUCCUCAAGAUCGACAUUGAGGGCAGCGAAUACGACGCUCUGGACGUCUUCAUGGACUCGCUGGAUGCGAAGGGGCAGAAGGUCAUACCUAUCGGACAGGUCAUGAUCGAACUGCAUCUCGACAACGGGGAUCCGGGUGACAAGGUAGACUUUGAGCGGUUCCGCAACUGGUGGGAGAGAUUAGAGAAGAUGGGCAUGCGACCAACAUGGAUGGAGAUUAAUCUGUUUGCUGUUACGCUGGGGUCGCAGAAGAGCAAUCCGAGGUGCACCGAGUUUGUCUGGGUGAAUGCGAGGGAUCAGAGGAACGUGCUUUGGAGUGGUCAGUAG